AAAAGCAAUCUCGGGAUGCAGGCUCUAAGAAUUAGCAUAAAUCAACACAAUGAUGAGCCCAAUGUUUUCGUUGAUGCUUCGUCUCCACCCGAAAGUGACAUUGAGCUCGUUAUUGACGAAUCGAGGGCUGCAGACUCGGCCAACAGGAGGUUUGGCGCUCCACGCGCUCGAGAAGACCACCGGCCUAUUUGGAUGACGGACCUUUCAUCCGAAGUACGGGAGAAUUUUAGAGCAAUUUUUGAAUUAUGGAAGUCAGGCGAAGUACAUAAGAGAAUACCUUUUAAAGUACCUCCUGUAGAGCCAUUACCCAUGCCACCAUUUUGCGAUAACAUAAACAAACUCGGUGUCAAAGCGUACGUAGAAACAGGCAUAUUGAAUUUUUAUGGACUAAAGGAAAUGACUCUUGACAAAAUCGAUGUUUCGGACACAGCCCAUGACAUUACCGUAUCUAUGAGUGCACCCAAAGUGCACAUACAUUCUGAUACUUAUAGUAUUAGUGGUAAAGCAAUGUAUGUAUACAAAGUCAAGGGGACAGGAACAUUGGAUAUCACACUGUUUAACGUAAAAGGUAGUGGGAAAAUCCAUCUCAAAGGCACAGACACUGGUACGGAGAUAGAUCAAUUAACGGUAAAAAUAGCCUGCGAGAAAGCGGAGGGUAACUUACAAAAUGCCUCAUGGCCAAUUAACAAUUUGAUUAACACAAAAGGCCGCCAAUUAGUUGAAGCUUUCAAAACAGAAAUACAGUCUAUAGCCAUGAAGCAGGUUCAAAAGAUCUUCGGGGAACCUCUUUCCAGGAUAAAGUUUGACGACCUGCUUCAAUACAUGAAAGACAUCUUAGAUGACACUCUUUUAAGUAAGAGUCUUAAAAGGUCUAAUUCGGAAGAUGGCUUCUACAAUUCUACUUAUGUUGACAAUGACAUAGAUGUUUCAACUGUUCCUAUUGUUGAAAAUGACUUAGACCAUUCAACUGACACAGUUGUCAAAGAUAGUUUAAAUAAUUCACCUGAUGUUGAAGAUACCUUGAAAAAUUCAACAGACUUCCGGAAAAUUCGCACCGGUUCACAAACCUUGAGAGACCGCAAUUAAUAUAAUGGAAGAAAUUAAGUGCGGUGCUGUUCCAGUUAUUUAUUUCAAAGAAUGUAACAUAGUCUGG